GCACCCAGGCACCAAGGCAUCCAGGCCGCCAACCCCGGUUAUCCACGGGGAUCGGGGCGCAUUCCCCGCAUGAAGCAAGAUGCCUUUAUUGAUAAACCAAGGGGGAGGGAGGUCUUCCCCGUACCUCCCUCGUUUUCCAGACGUUUUCAUUCUACUAUCUAAACCUCCAACCUCUCCUGAGUUCUCCACGAUGCCUUCACUCCGUCUCCCCAAAAUACCAAUACCCCGACCUUCCUACCGGGGUUACUCCACCUCCGCACCAUCCCCUUCUUCACGCCUGAACCUCCCCAUCGACUACAGAUCGACACCGCUCCUCCACCACACGGCCUCCAGUCUUUCAAACCACCCAGACCUACCCAGCAAUCCGACCUCAAAAUCUAUCAAUCUCUAUCAAGCCAUUAACUCCGCAUUACGUACCGCCCUCUCCACCUCCAACAAGGUGAUGCUCUUCGGCGAAGACGUCGCUUUCGGCGGCGUCUUCCGCUGCUCGAUGGACCUACAGACUGAAUUCGGCUCGGAGCGAGUCUUCAACACACCUCUAACAGAGCAAGGGAUCGUCGGCUUUGCCAUCGGCGCAGCAGCUCAGGGAAUGAAGCCUGUCGCGGAGAUCCAAUUCGCAGACUACGUGUUCCCAGCAUUCGAUCAGAUCGUGAAUGAGGCGGCGAAGUUCCGGUUUCGAGAGGGAGCAACAGGGGUAGAUAUUGGAGGGAUGGUGGUGCGGAUGCCUUGUGGUGCAGUCGGACAUGGUGCUCUAUACCACUCACAAUCACCAGAAGCACUAUUCGCACACGUCCCAGGUGUACAAGUCGUCAUGCCACGCUCGCCGUCUCAAGCCAAAGGCCUACUCUUAUCCUCGAUUUUCGAGUCUAAGAAUCCCGUCAUUUUCAUGGAACCGAAAAUCCUCUAUCGUGCCGCAGUAGAACACGUCCCAAGCGAGUACUACACCAUCCCACUAAACACAGCGGAAGUGGUUAAGCCAGGGAACGACCUGACGAUAGUCUCGUACGGACAGCCUCUAUACCUCUGCUCCGCGGCCAUCGAAGCAGCGGAGAGGGCAUUUGGGGCGAGUAUCGAGCUGAUCGAUCUGCGUACAAUCUACCCGUGGGAUCGACCAACGGUAUUGGAUAGUGUGAGGAAGACCGGACGGGCGAUAGUCGUCCACGAGAGCAUGAUCAACUACGGCGUCGGCGCUGAGGUGGCUGCUACCAUUCAGGACGGGGCGUUCUUGCGUCUAGAGGCACCGGUUAAGAGAGUCGCGGGGUGGAGCACGCAUACAGGUCUGAUGUACGAGAAGUUUGUGAUUCCUGAUGUUGCGCGGAUAUACGACGCGAUCAAGCAGACACUUGAGUAUUGAUGGACAGGCACAUAUUGGCCAGAGAGAAAUGUACAUACCAGGACCAGAGAUCCAAGCUGUUGGUGUCGUUGCCUAUAAGAUCACUACCAAGCGGCAUUAUGAUAGACAAUAUCAAUUUACC